UACAUUUCUGACAUAGUCAGUAUGUACGGUUGGCAACCAUUCAUGUUUUGAUGUUGCCUAUUCGCGCAAGUUUAGUUUGGUUUCGCUUUUAUUUACAUCCAGUGAGUGAGGUUAUUUGUUGGCUUUAAGAAUCACUCUCCAGAUUUCGGAAGUGGAAUAAAUAAUUUUAAUUAUUUAUAGGUAUAAAGAAAUAGCCAUGGCUGAUGUGCGCGAUAUUAUGGACCUGGAGCAGCCUUCUGCUCAAGAAGUGACGCGAGAAUCAAUUAUAGGAUCUGACAAAUUGAAAAAACGUCCUCAAAAUGUGCAAAAAAUACCACGACGGCCUGAAGGAAUGCAUCGAGAAGUGUUUGCUCUGCUGUACAAUGAUAACAAGGAUGUUCCACCACUAUUUCCAUCAGACACAACUAAUGGUUAUAAACAGACCAAAAUCAAAUUGGGCAUGAGAAAACCACGUAAAUGGAAGUGGAUGCCAUUUACUAACCCUGGAAGAACUGAUAAUGCAGAGUUUUAUCAUUGGAGGAGGCCUGCUGAUGAAGUUACAGGAUAUCCUUUUGCCAAAUUUAAUAAAAAAGUUGAAAUAUCAGAGUAUACUGAUGUGGAAUACAAUGAACACCUAUCUAGUGAAAAUUGGAGCAGAGAUGAAACUGAUCACCUCAUUGAUUUAGCAAAACGAUUCGAUUUGCGUUUUGUGAUUAUGGCAGACAGGUAUGACACUGAAAAGUUUGGUAAAAGGUCUGUUGAAGAUAUCAAGGAUCGAUAUUAUAAGAUUGCUGGGGUUUUAUCUAAGGUGAGACUUGUUAAUAUUGCAUGGUAAAAAGUUUACACAUAUGAUGCAGACCAUGAAAAACGAAGGAAGGAACAACUUAAGAAAUUAUAUGAGAGGACAACUGAACAGAUGGAGGAGGAGCAAAUGCUAGUUGGCGAACUCAAGAAAAUCGAAGCUCGUAAGAAGGAACGCGAACGUAAGACCCAAGAUUUGCAGAAGUUGAUUAGUCAAGCAGAUAGUCAGAGUGAAACACCGCGGAAAACCGACAAGAAGCUUCCGAAGAAGAAAAUCUCGAAUCCAUCGCGUCCGUCCAAGGUGGACACUACAGUAAUUACAAAGCAAAUUUUACAAGCAGCGGAAGGCACCGGCAUUAAGUUUCCGGAUUACAAAAACAGUGGUGUUUCUCUACGUUCGCAACGCAUGAAACUACCCGCGAAUGUCGGUCAGAAGAAAGCUAAGGGACUAGAACAAAUGUUGCAGGAUAUGGGAAUGGAAUUAAACCCAACUCCUACAGAAGAAAUUUGUCAGAGUUUCAACGAAUUACGCAGUGAUAUGGUGCUCGUAAUGGAGUUAAAGGCAGCUCUGACCACAUGUGAGUUUGAACUGCAGUCUUUGAGACAUCAGUAUGAGGCACUUGCACCAGGAAAAACCUUAACUAUUCCUGCUCAAUUGAUGCCGAGUGGUCCAGCAGCUGUCGAUCGCGAUGUAGAUGGUGUUAAGACUACAACCGCAGAGAUUAUUGAUGUGGUUGGUUCUCCGGGUACACCGAAUCCUCCAUAGAUUAAUGUGUUUCUUGUAAUUUGAGUUAUUUUGUAUUCAUCUGGUAAAUGUUUGCUUAAAAUCAACUUUAAAAUAAAUGAUCUAUUUCAUAAGCAA